AAACCACAGUCUCUAGACUAUUUUACAUUGUGCUUAUGCAAAGUUAUUGAUUUUAGUGUGUGGCAUUCUCUGUCGAAGCACAGUAAUACAUUUGAUGAGACAUGUUUCUCACUUUGUAGCUAGUAUGAAUUGCAUUCAAUUUCUUAUGUGUGAAUGACUGGACUGUUUCACACUGUUUCAGCCAGUCAGCUGGGGUAGGUGGGGUCACAAAGAGCCAAGAUGGCUGACUUUGAGGAUCCGCUGUCAGAAGAAGAGAAGGUCCGCAUAGCGGCCAACUUUGUGACUCAUGCUCCCCCAGGAGAGUUUAAUGAGGUCUUCAAUGAUGUGCGGCUUCUUCUCAACAAUGACAACCUCCUCAGGGAGGGGGCAUCACACUCCUUUGCGCAGUACAACAUGGAUCAGUUUACUCCUGCCAAACUAGAGGGCUACGAUGAGCCGGUCCUGAUCACAGAGCAUGGUGACUUGGGUCAGGGACGUUUCCUGGACCCCCGCAACCAUUUGUCGUUCCGCUUCGACCACCUAAGAAAAGAGGUGAGCGAUGUGCAGCCAUAUGAAGGAGACACGGCCCUGAGAAGCUGGAGAGAUGCUUGUGAUACUUCCCUUAGUGCCUAUGUCAAAGAGCACUACCCUACUGGAGUCUCCACGGUAUAUGGGAAAACAGUUGAUGGUCAGCAAAUGAUCAUAGCCUGCAUUGAGGGACAUCAGUUUCAACCCAAAAACUUCUGGAAUGGUCGCUGUAGGUCAGAGUGGAAGCUUACCAUUGGUCAGUCCACUGCUCAGGUGGUGGGAGUGUUGAAAAUCCAGGUGCACUACUAUGAAGAUGGUAAUGUGCAGCUGGUUAGUCAUAAGGAGGUAGAAGAAUCAAUACCAGUGACUAAUGAAAGCCAGACAGCCAAGGAAUUUGUUGAAAUUAUUGAGAAUGCGGAAAAUGACUACCAGACUGCAAUCAGUGAGAACUACCAGACCAUGUCUGACACCACUUUUAAGGCCCUGCGUCGCCAGCUGCCUGUCACACGCACUAAGAUCGACUGGAAUAAGAUCCUAAGUUACAAAAUUGGCAAGGAGAUGCAGAAUGCCUAGUGGAAGGUCAGGGACUGACCAGGGAGACGAACACUCCACUGGGCCCACAACCCACCUAUACAUGCGCAAGGACUAACCAAAGCAAAACUAUAUCAGUAUGGGGCAAGGAAUUCAAAAACAAAAAACAAAAAAAAAGUACAACUGAAGAUUUGCAGACAGCUAGGCACAGAUAUUGGUCUGCUGUAAGGAAGUUGUGGUUAUGGAGAUAAUCAGAGUUUGGAGAAAGUGGUUACUCCUAGAUGUGUGUUGUUAAAGAGUUGUGUUGGGUCAGUGUGCAGGGCUGUGCUCAGGACUGCUACAUUAAAGAAGUACAUCUUCCUUCAGCCGUCAAAGGAAUCAUAGACCUCCCUAGAUUCAGGUUUCAGAAGUUACUUUUUUUUUUUGUCAAACUGAUGCAGAACUGAUUGUCACAGUGGAGAUCUCAGCACACAGUGAAAAGAACCAGGACCGCACAAGGCAGCUGAUGAGAGAAAUUAAGCACACCAUCACAUAUCAGGGUUUGAUUUUGGACAGGAAAAUAUGAAUUUUGUGAAAGUUUUUGUUUCAUUGUGGUUGUCAUGCAUGGUGGAAUUGGAAGUCAUUGGAAGUGCAUCAGUAAAAUCAGGACAUUGACAGGAAAAUGAAUAGCAGUCACAUGACAUUUUAGCUGGUACCAAGCUUAUAGUGUUGCUGAACUGAGAACUUAGUUAUACGUUGCCAAUGAAAUUGACAGUAUUUCUACCUGUCAGUAACAUUUAGGAGUAGCAUGAUCCUCAGCAUAGCUCUGUUCCUGCACUGUAGACAUUCAUGUUUGUCGGUGUCUGUCAGCGCUGAGAGAGGGUUUACUUGUUUUCUGUUGUGCUCCACUGAAGUAUGUGUCUCCACCCAUGCAAGAUAUGAUGACUGAAAUAAGAUAAAGCAACUUCUACGCUGCUGCAUCUAUAAUGCAUUCUCUGUUCUCUUACUUUGGCAACACCACCUCCAUUGCUGUACAGCUUUUCCUUUGUGAAAGGAAAACAUACUCAUAUUAAACAAGAAUUAUUUGCCAAAAUCUCUUUCCUAUGGUAAAGAACUCCAUCCUCCCACCCAUGUAUGCAAAUUUCUAUUUUAAUACGCUGGUUUUUGUUGGAGGCUUAGAGUGUUGCACUCUUAACUGUACUGUUUGUGUAUUGGUCAAUGCCGAGUGAUCGCGAAGCAGUUGCCAUGUAAGGCAAGAUCAUAUAUUGUAUAUGUUACAUGACUUCUGUAAGGCCACAUCAUACUGUAUGUGUUACAUGACUUCUAAGUAGGCUGACUCUGAAUCAGUUACUUGUUAGCUAUACUAUGUGCAGUGUUCAACCCUCACACUAUACUACAACUGUGUGCCGAUCAGUUAUAAAGGUCAAGACUGUACUGCCCCAUUCUGUUGUACAAAUAAAUGGAUUGAACAUC